AUGCCGGGGGCCGGGGCCCGGGCGGAGGAAGGCGGUGGCUGCGGCGGCGGCGGCGAGGGGGCGGCCCUGGGGGGCGCCGCGGAGCCCGGAGUGGGGCCCGGGCGGGAGCCGGCGAGGUUGUGCGGCUACCUGCAGAAGCUGUCGGGCAAGGGCCCGCUGCGCGGCUACCGCAGCCGCUGGUUCGUGUUCGACGCGCGCCGCUGCUAUCUCUACUACUUCAAGAGCCCCCAGGACGCGAUGCCCCUCGGCCACCUGGACAUCGCCGACGCCUGCUUCAGUUACCAGGGCCCCGACGAGGCGGCAGAGCCUGGGGCCGAGCCUCCCGCGCACUUCCAGGUGCACAGCGCGGGAGCCGUCACGGUGCUCAAGGCUCCUAAUCGUCAGCUCAUGACUUACUGGUUACAGGAGCUUCAGCAGAAGAGAUGGGAAUAUUGCAACAGUCUCGACAUGGUCAAGUGGGACAGCAGGACCUCCCCAACUCCCGGGGAUUUUCCUAAGGGCCUCGUAGCCAGAGAUAACACAGAUUUAAUUUACCCGCACCCAAACCCUUCUGCAGAAAAAGCCAGAAAUGUUCUCGCUGUGGAAGCUGCCCCUGGAGAGCUGGUGGGAGAACAAGCUGCAAGUCAACCGGCCCCAGGGCAUCCAAAUUCCAUUAAUUUCUCUUUGAAACAGUGGGGCACUGAGCUCAAAAAUUCAAUGUCUUCUUUUCGUCCUGGACGAGGGCAUAAUGACAGUCGCAAGAGUGUGUUUUAUACCACUGAAGAGUGGGAACUUAUAGACCCAAGCCCGAAGGACCUGGAGGAGUCCAUGGUACAGGAGGAAAGGAAGAAGCAGAACCCUGAAGGGAGCAAAGGAAUAACUGGCUCAGGAUUCCCCUUUGAUUUUGGACGUAUUCCCUACAAAGGAAAGCGGCCUUUAAAAGACAUGCUUGGGUCGUACAAAAAUCGUCACAGUAGCAGUGACCCUUCAGCCGAGGGGCCGUCAGGUGGUGGCAGCAUCAGCAAGCUGGCCUCUGAAAUGCAGCUGCAAGUUCAGAACCAGCAGGAAGAGCUGGAACGGUUAAAGAAAGACCUCUCCAGUCAGAAGGAGCUUGUGCGGCUGCUCCAGCAGACAGUGCGGUCUUCCCAGUAUGACAAGUAUUUCACGAGCAGCCGACUCUGUGAGGGGGUCCCAGAGGACACGCUGGAGCUUCUGCACCAAAAGGAUGAUCAGAUUUUGGGCCUCGCCAGCCAGCUUGAGAAGUUCAACCUGGAAAAAGAGAGCCUUCAGCAGGAAGGGAGGGCACUCAAGAGCAAAGUGGGUGAACUCAACGAGCAGCUGGGAAUGCUGAUGGAGACCAUCCAGGCCAAGGACGAGGUCAUCAUCAAGCUGUCCAGGCAGCUCAGCGAGUGCGAGGGCCACGCACCUUCCCCUACUGCGCUGCCCAGCUCUCCCUCUGCCGCCCCGGCCAGCCGGGACCAGCUGGAGCUGGACAGGCUGAAUGAUAGUCUGCAGGGAUAUAAAACCCAAAAUAAAUUUCUAAAUAAGGAGAUUUUGGAACUUGCAGCUCUACGAAGAAAUGCAGAAAGGAGAGAGAAGGAUCUGAUGGCCAAGUAUUCUAGCCUAGAAGCCAAGCUCUGCCAAAUAGAAAGUAAAUACUUGAUAUUGCUUCAAGAAAUGAAGACGCCAGUUUGCUCAGAAGAACAGGGGCCUGCUCGGGAUGUCAUAGCCCAGCUGCUGGAGGACGCUUUGCAGGUUGAGAGCCCAGAGCAGCCAGAGCAAGCGUUCAUUAAACCUCAUCUUGUCAGUGAAUAUGAUAUCUACGGGUUUAGGACUGUACCUGAGGACGAUGAGGAAGAGAAGUUGGUAGCCAAAGUCCGAGCAUUGGACCUAAAGACGCUCUACCUCACAGAAAACCAGGAAGUUUCCACCGGGGUCAAGUGGGAAAACUAUUUUGCAAGCACAAUGAACAGGGAGAUGAUGUGCUCCCCGGAACUAAAAAACCUGAUCCGUGCAGGCAUUCCACACGAUCACCGUUCCAAAGUGUGGAAGUGGUGUGUGGACCUUCACACGAGGAAGUUCAAGGACAGCACUGAGCCUGGGUACUUCCAAACCUUGCUUCAGAAGGCACUGGAGAAGCAGAACCCGGCCUCCAAGCAGAUCGAGCUGGACCUGCUGCGGACACUGCCCAACAACAAACAUUACUCCUGUCCCACCUCAGAAGGCAUACAGAAGUUACGAAACGUCCUGCUUGCCUUCUCCUGGCGGAAUCCCGACAUCGGCUACUGCCAGGGUCUGAACAGAUUGGUGGCAGUGGCCCUCCUGUAUCUGGAACAAGAAGACGCUUUCUGGUGUCUAGUCACCAUAGUGGAAGUUUUCAUGCCUCGAGACUAUUACACAAAGACUCUUUUAGGAUCCCAGGUGGACCAGCGGGUGUUCAGAGACCUCAUGAGUGAAAAACUGCCUCGAUUGCACACCCACUUUGAACAGUAUAAAGUUGACUACACCCUCAUCACAUUCAACUGGUUCCUGGUAGUGUUUGUGGAUAGUGUCGUUAGUGACAUCCUCUUUAAAAUAUGGGACUCUUUCCUUUACGAGGGACCAAAGGUUAUCUUCCGUUUUGCCCUGGCACUUUUUAAAUACAAGGAAGAGGAGAUCCUGAAAUUGCAAGACUCCAUGUCCAUAUUCAAGUAUCUCCGUUAUUUCACUCGCACUAUCCUAGAUGCUAGGAAGCUGAUCAGCAUCUCCUUUGGGGACCUGAACCCUUUCCCCCUGCGCCAGAUCCGGAAUCGGCGUGCCUACCACUUGGAGAAGGUCCGGCUGGAGCUGACGGAGCUGGAGGCCAUCCGCGAGGACUUCUUGCGAGAACGGGACACCAGCCCUGACAAGGGUGAGCUGGUCAGCGAUGAGGAGGAGGACACCUGAGUAGACCCCUCCCCCGCCAAGACGCUGCUGCUUGUCUUCACAACCAAAGUGUGCCAAAAGGGUGAACGCAGAGAUGUCUCUGCUCGCUUAAGCCAGAAUGUAACACUGUGGUCUCUGGAAAUCUGCUGGGCGGAUGUCCAAAGCCAUACCGCACUUUCUCCUUUUCCUCUUGGGGUGGGGAGCAAACCUGUUUACAGCCAUCUUCAUGCUGUGCUGUUGUGGUGGCACAUAUCACGGUCACCAUUUCCCAGUGACUGGUGAACUAGCAGGCAUACCAAUCAGUUAUUUUCAAGAGCCCAUUUGCAGCAUCUGUCAGUUAUGCUCGUGUUUUCAUCCUUAAAAAGCCUUAUUUUGCUGGGGGUGUCCCUGUGUCCUUUUCCUCUAUGCAGUGGGCAGCCAUGGGCAUUUUUUAAAUGCACUGCAUAGGACAUCCACUGUGUUCAGACCUCAGGCCAGAGUGUGGCUGCUUCAGGUGCCAGGCACACCCCUUGUUCAGAAAUGGCCUGUGUAGAAAUCCACGGACCUUCUGCUGCAGGCUUUGCCACCAGUCAUGCGCGGUUCUGGGAUGCCUUUGCCCUUUUGCGCACAUCCUUUCACAAAGCGACUCCCAUCCUGCUUGAGGAGGCCCAGCCCUCCAGACUCGCCACUCGCUUUUCACCACCGGCCGGUGUUUGCAGGUGGCCAGCUGCUCUGCCCCCAGCUUGCGCUCCGGCUGGCACGUCUCCAUGAGGUUCCGUGGAAAGUUCUUUCCACCCGAAGAUUGGCUUAGAAGUUCUUCUUCCCGUAUGGGUGGGAUUUCCCUCCAGUAAACUGGGCUGGCCUUGGUUGUGGGGGGACAGAGGAAGUUGUUUUUCCAGGGGAGUUUGCAGGCCAUGGUGCAGCUGCUCAGUGACAGGGGGAGGCCAGUGCUCUUGGUGUCUCCUCCACCUGGCUGGGACUGAGGGGACGAGGAGGUCGGCUGGAGGUGCCUCGGGGCUGGGAAGUGUCCUUCCUUGGGGCCAAGGCCUUGGUGAGCUCUCAGGCGUAUGCUUUCCCCACUGUUGCCCAGCAGCACCUUUGCUCACCCCAGGCCAAGCACAGUCUUCACUUGAGGGGUAAUGGGACCUCUCGCCCAUCAGGCGGCCCAGGUAGUGCCUGGGAACGUUCACAGCACUUCCUUUUUGAAGCCCUGGAGAGAGGCCUUGAGUAAGGAAGGUUACUUUUGCUCAGUCAUUCUGUGGACCACACCUGAGGAGUAGAUGUGUUUUCUGGCACAGUAUUAUUUGAAUAUAAGAGAAACAGUUUUAAAUGGAAUUCCUUACACUACCUGGAAAAAAUUGGAAAUAAUCCUUAGUUGGUAACAUUAAGCACAUUCAGACUAAGAAUUGAAGCAAUGUCAUUUCAAGAAAUCCUUUUUUUUUUUUUUUCUCUUGUAAGUAUUAUUUUUCUAUUAUUUUUCACUAUCAGCCUUCCAGCAGUAUGAUGGCUAAGUUGGUAUUUGAACAUACUAGACUGAGCUUAAUUAUUUGUUUUUAAUUAAGUUGGUUCCUUUGAUUUAUGGCUGUGUAGAGGGAACUGAUCUAAAUAUGUAGCCAAAAGCCUUUCUCUUUUCAGGUAUCAAAAGUGUGUUUUGUAAUGUUUGUUUGUUUUGGGAAAUGGUUGUUUGAGAUCUGAUGUCUUAGAAGUGACCUCAUGCGUGGGGUUGCUCUCGAGGUGGGCGUUGCUGUUCACAGAACCCCUGCAGCAGCCCCAGCCCCCCUCUACCUCCCGCAUUGGGAAGAGACAGCUGCUGAGGUGCAGGCAUGGGUUGGGGCCCCUGCAUCAGCUCCAGCUUCCCUCCAUCUUUGGUUUCCAAGUUGAUUUCUCCCCUGGAACAUACCAGCCCAAACUGCCAAGCCCAGAGGUUAAAAUGCCCCUUUAGGAAUGGGUCCUGUGGGCCCUGAGAAGAUGCAUCUUAAAAGUACGUGAGUGGGGGCCUGCCCUGUGUGGCUGGACCCCCUGGUUUCUGCCAUUCUCAGUGACAGCCAUGUGUCAGUAUUUCCAGGGCAGUUAUCAGUGGCCAGGCAGUGGGCAUGAGAGGGCAGAGAGGGGUCCUGCAGGAACGGACUGGGGACCCUUGUGGAGGUCUUCCUCCCCAGACUAGAGCACUGGUUCCUGUUUGGUGAGAUCCCGGGGCUGACUUUUCCCCCCAGAGCUGUAGGGUUUGUCCCCACUAGUUUGAGUCAGCACUUCUUCCCUUGAGCCUCUGGGAAGACAAUUGCUCCACAUGCUCCAGUACCCCUGAGAUCCCAAGCCGCCGCCAGCUCGAUGGUGUGUGCCCCUCCUGACAGGUGCCACAGCCGCUGCUCCUCCAAACCUUUGCUAAACACCAGCCUGUCACCCCCACAAGGUGGACCUCACCAGUUGAGGCUAGGAGCCCCCACAGGGGCAGCCUGCAUGCCCACCACCCAUGCCAGGGCCCAGGGCAGCCACGUGGCCAUUGUCAGCUUAUAAGUAGAUGGGUUUUUGUUUUUUAUGGGUUGAACAUCUGUUAAUACUUUUGUAUAUUUUCACUACAGUUUAUAUUUUUAUAGGCUAUUUUAUCAAGGUUUUUCUAGACUGUGUACCUUUACUUUGUAUUACAAGUCCUUGUUUUGUGUGCAUGACCUUGCGUGUAUUUAUGCAAACGUGAGCUUCUUCAGUCGCACUUCACUUCCAUGCCAUCUUUUACCUCUAGCCCGACCAUCACCGACUUCACUUAAGCCCCAUGCCCAAGCCCAUGUCUUACCCCAGGUAGCCUCAUGCUACUUGUAGUCUUGCUGACAGCUGUGCCACAGUUGAUGGCUGGAAGUGACUCUGGUCUCAGCUACAUUCUAUCGUAUAGGAAGUAUUCUAGGCAAACAUUCCCAGUUUUUUAAAAAGCUAAAUGUUUGUAUUAUUGCCCACAUCCCAACCCCACGCUUUGUGCAGUGUUGUCUUCCUGCAUGUGACCAGGCUCUGGAGCAGCUGGGCCUGCCUGCAGGGUCCUCAUGGGGGAGGUAGGACACGGCAUCGCAUGAGUGCCGCUGCAUGUGUCUGCCCAUGGGAAGACCGCCAAGGACCUCUGCCGUUAUACCACACCAGCUUCUGUGUUGAUCUUGGAGAAUUGUAAUACUAAAGGAAGAAAUAAACUACUAAUUCGUAAAACA